CGACGCAGUUUGUUUUCUCGCCUGCGGCUGAAGUUUGGACGGUGAAUCGCUGCUGGAGGCAAUGUGGACGUAGUGUUCAGGUUUUCAUUUUUAAUUCGGCUGAAGAGUUAUGUACAUCGAAGAGAAAUGUAGAUAAAGUUUUUUAAAUUUCUCUCUUCCUUUCUUUUCCCGGUCCUGUUACUGCUCUCCCACGAACGCUUUACAUGCGGACUGUCAUUCAGAAAUACUAAAGCCUGCAUUUUGACUGUUCACGUGUUUGACCUUAGCCUUUAUAUUCUUGAUUCCCCCCACCACCACAUUUUCUCCUUUAUUUGUCGUUCGGUCACCAGCGGGUAACAGACUGAGGAUAUCUCAUCACUGCUGGGAAUUUUACAAUCAAAGAAGCAGAGUGUCCUUCUUCCCUAAAAUUCAACCAAAAUGGAGCUUCUCUGGGUCUGUCUGUUUCUGGAGAUGGUCCUGAUGUCCACUGCUGCCAGGGGUCCCCCCAGGGUGUCAGAGCGCGUGGCCCACCGCCAGAGCAUCCGCCUUGGUCGCACCAUGAAGCUGCCCUGCCCUGUUGAAGGCGACCCUCCGCCGCUCAUCAUGUGGACCAAAGACGGCCGCAACAUCCACAGUGGCUGGACACGGUUCAGGGUGUUACAGCACGCUCUAAGAAUUAAAGAGGUGGAGACUGACGAUGCGGGAACUUACAUCUGUAAGGCUACCAACGGCUUCGGCAGCGUGAACAUCAACUACACACUCAUCGUUAUAGAUGACUCCAGCUCAAGAGGUGGAGCAGGGAUGGCUAAUGGUGACUCUGAACAUGCCCCAGAGCUGGCUGGGAAACUGGUACGUCCACGUUUUACCCAGCCGGCAAAGAUGAGGAAGCGCGUCAUCGCUCGCCCAGUUGGCAGCUCAGUGCGCCUGAAGUGCACAGCAAGUGGUAACCCUCGCCCCGACAUCGUCUGGCUGAAGGACAGUCGGCCGCUGCUGGAUGAGGACGGUGGAGCCGGAGUAGGAGGUGGAGGAGACGGGAAGAAGAAGAGGUGGACUCUAAGUCUGAAGAACCUGACGCCGGAGCACAGCGGGAAGUACACCUGCCACGUCUCCAACAGAGCAGGGGAGAUCAACGCCACCUACAAAGUGGAAGUCAUACAGCGUACCAACUCUAAACCCAUCCUGACCGGUACUCACCCUGUCAACACCACCGUGGACUACGGAGGAACCACAUCUUUCCAGUGUAAAGUCCGCAGUGACGUCAAGCCGGUCAUCCAGUGGCUUAAAAGAGUCGAGCCUGGUGAUGAGAACAAGUUUAACUCCACCAUAGAGGUUGGAGAUCAUCGCUUCGUGGUCCUGCCAACUGGAGAGGUUUGGUCACGUCCUGAUGGAUCUUACCUCAACAAGCUGCUGAUAACCAGAGCCAAGGAGGAGGAUGCUGGCAUGUACAUCUGCCUCGGAGCCAAUACUAUGGGCUACAGCUUCAGGAGUGCCUACCUCACUGUCCUACCAGAUCUGAAGCCCCAGAUCAACUCUGUCCCCACAGCAACAUCCCCGAGCCUACCCUGGCCAGUCAUUAUUGGAAUACCGGCAGGUGUCGCCUUCAUCUUAGGCACCGCCCUCCUCUGGUUCUGCCAAUCAAAACGCACCUGCUCCUCUUCCUCCCCUUCCUCCUCCUCUGCUCUGCCGGCUGCUCAGCGUCUACCUGUGGCCAGUCGUGACCGAGCCUGCCCAACGUUGCCUCCUCAACCGGCCAACGGGGAUAAAGAUUGUCUUUCUUAUGAGGACUACAUUGCACAUCAGCAGCUGCUCCUGGCUCAAGGAGGCACCGGAUUGGCUCCGAAGGUCUACCCAAAGAUCUACACGGAUAUUCACACGCACACGCAUUCGCACGUGGACGGGAAAGUGCACCAGCACCAGCACAUUCACUACCAGUGUUAGCAGCGAGGCUAGCGGCAAGCUUUGGUGUUUCACGUUCAACUCUUACAUGAACAUGUUUCCUGUGCAUGCAGACUCGGUCACAACAGCCCACGCUAACUGCUGACAUACAAAGCAAAGAACAAGGAAAGCCACAUGCAAGAGACCAUGCGGACUCAUAUAUAGAAACAUGGGAUCACGCAGCUCUUCCUCAUUUUGCUGCAGCCAUAUGUUGUGUGCAAACGGACUUACUCAAGACACAAACAAUGAAGAAUGUAAAAAGAGACAAAGAUCUUUAUUUUUAGCCAGCCUGGGAGCCUAUUCAUUGCAAUCUAUGAGAGAAAAAUCCCAAAACAUGUUUUAUUCGAGCCUCUCGUUAAGUAAAAUCUCCUCUGUACGUGUACAAAUCUCUCCCUUUUUGCUCAAAGGCCUUAUUUGAAGCAACAAUGAACUCACAGCUUCAAUGUAACUUUACAGCAACCCACCAAUUUAUCUGCCUCUGUUCUUUCAGUGCUAUGGAUACAAGCACAACCUCCUCAGUUACAGUACAAAUACUACAAGGCUCCAAAUAUAGCCACUCGUGUAUAUAGUAGAAUAUGAUUAUAUGGCAUUUAGCAUGCUACUUCAUCCUGGGUAAUCUAUAAAGAACAAUAUAGCAUGUGUGUAAUGUAAUAGUUUAAUUUCAGAGUAUAUCUCAGGCAUCAGCCCAACUGAGCCAUAAGAAUCACAACUCAAGACAAACUCCACUGUAUCCACACCCUCGGUAAAACAUGAGGGCUGCAGGUUUUUUGCUUCUGUCAGGACGACGGCUGCUCUGAUAAAUGUCCAGCUGCUAUCUGGGUGCUGUAUGAAUUAAGAACUAAUAUCAGUCUCUCUGAGUAGAUUGAUUUUAGCAGCAGCUACGAUGUGAUUUUCUCCCCACAACCAAGGACCUCCUCCAGACAGCGUUUGCAGAAGUAAUCAUUAGAUUUCCGAUAAGUACAUCAACUGACAGUUUCCACCCCUUUACUUCAUGGAGAAUGGCAGCAUUUCCUGUUUGCAUUGUCUCCUUUUCAGCUCUGUUUGGUGCUUGCUGACUUUAGAAGUGAGAGGGAUGAAAGGUAUCCGUUCUCCUCGUGUCAUAUGUUCAACCUCUCCCUCGCAAAGGGAUCAUCAACAAUGCCUCAGUGUAAAAUGGCGCCCUCUAAGAAUUGAAUCCAGAUUUCGUGGAUCAGUCUCGGAUCUUCGAAUGUAUGACAAGUUCUUGUUAAUCUGUUACAAGAUUUAGAGGGCUUAAAAGAGAGAGACUUUGUAAGUCAAAGGAUGAGACUGAACCCUCAACUCUUCCUCAAGCACCACACAAGAUGAGCCGGGGAAUAAUUGAACGGGGUUUGCGUAUGCUCUGUGUUUGUUACGAGGCAGAGACAUCUGUUCUCUCUUGAAGCAAAGUUUUGGAUAAUGAGUUGCCUGUGAUACCAUGAUAAAGAAAAUGGAAAACAUUAUAAUCAACACUUAAAAGAUAUUUUAAAGGUAAAAUAAUGGUAUACAGCUUGUAACUGGACUGAAUAUCAGUAUUGUUAUAUUUGAAUUUAGAGCCAUACGUUGUGCAUCAUGUCGAUCACUAUGACAAAACCCACUGAGCAUCUACAAGUACAAAAACCUGUCUUGUUCCCGUACAGUGGCAAUGAAUUAUAAUACUGCAUUCAGCAAAGUAUCUGGGAUAUUUGGUUCUGUGUGUUUUGAUUCAGUCGUCUGCAGAGUUACCACUAAUUUUACUAACCACCUUAAGAGAUUUUUUAAGAUUUCCUCACUCUCAACUGUGUUGCACUUUUUUAGAGUUGGACACAUAGUACCUUUAUUAUUCUCAUUAAUACAUUGAAUUUGGUGAACAUAAGUAACUCCUAAUGGUGCUCCUCCUGGCUUGAUCCUGAGCAGAGGUCUAAUCAACCAAACUAAAAACACCUGUGUGUUUGUGCGGGGCCUUUAAUGUGUCAGUGAGGUCAUCUGCAGCUGUUAGGAGUAAAGCAAUUAGUACGCUAAAUAAAAGAUCCAAGAAUAACCUGUUUUGUUAGUCAGUGUAAGCUCAAGCAGAAGGGAGUGAGAGAAGGGGCCGUGGUUGCAACGCGAUGAUGUUGUAUAUGAGUGACCAUAAUGACAAAAGGUUUUAAGCCCAUAAACUUGUUUUUUUUUACAGGCAAUAAAAUCCAAAAUCUAAAGAUUACUUUUAAAACUGCAGCAAUGAGUGCAUCAAAAUCACUUGUAAAACUAGUAGCACUGGAGUUUUCACACUACAUUAGCUUGCUGGAUUUUCUUCUUGGAAAGUGUUAAGAGAUAUUCUUGUUACCACAUUUUGCUAGUUUGUUUGUUCGUUUAUUUGGACAACAAUGCAACAUAUCAUUGCAUUAAUGGUCUCAGUUCUCCUGGUGGUUGUUGGGAAGUUUCCAGCCCAUGAAAAAAGUUGUUUAGACCAGAACCUCAUAAAACAAAAACACCCGCAACAAACCUUCUCAGAACACAACCAUGUAUAAGAGACUUGCUUUUUCUCAGGUGUCCCCCUCAUUGUUCCUGUGUGUGCUCAUGAAUCUGACCACUAAAUAAAAACUGUGUAAAAUGAUAUGCUGAGAUAAGAUUUAGGUUUCAGCUGUUUUACAUUAUAGCCCUCUCUGAGAGGCACACUCAGUCAUGUGUACGGUUGGAGAAGUGGGGUGACUCUGUCCAGGGAUGUGUAAACAUAAAAAGGUGAAUGGGGUGGGUGGGGGAUAAUGUAGAAAAGUACUGUAUAUAUGUGAAAUAAGAAAGAAACUAUAGGCUUGUCAUGUAGUUGAUUGUAUUUGUACUGUAUUUAGUUAACGCUUCCCUCGGCUGGCUCUCUUCGGGACAUCUAAAAUACAACAGUGAGAACUUUACAAGUGUGUUUAAACAACCGUGUGACAGGAAGUGAUAUAUUGAAAUCACCUGGUAAACUCAGUUACACAUGUGGUCAUUCUUCAGCGUAUAUUUUUGCACAUAAAUCUUUGAACUCAAGUAGGAAAAUGUACAAACAUAUUAACAUGGAUAAAUCAUAUAUGCCCCCUUUUUUAUAAUACUCACUGGUACAUUAUCUUUGCAGUCUUUUGCAGUCUUUUUCUUUGUGUAUUUUUAAGUUGCCUCAAGAAAAUUAGUCUGAUAUCUGUGAACAACUCAUGUAUUUCAAACACAACUACUCUCUGUCCUCCUUAUUCUUCCUUCCAGCAGGUUCCCCCUCUUCUGUAUAAACCCACUAAAUUAAAGCAUAUCAGGACAACAAAGGAAAAGCAUGUGUACUCUGCUGUCUAAAUGAUAAAGGGAGGCACUUGUCCAUUUAUAUGCAUCUCCAGCAGCAGCUUCAGUUGAAAAUAGCAUUUGAAAUAUUGCAUUUGUUCUCUCCCUUUGAGAUGGUUUUUCUUGUCCUCCCCAUCUUUUCUCCUUUGAAACAUCUGCCAACAAAGUCACCCUGAACAACAGCUGGAGUGUGUUAUUUUAUUGUGAAGUCUUUUCUUCUGGGGUGAAAAAUUGUCCAACAGAAAAAAAAAAAAAUCUCCAGUCAUUGCUACUUUUUUCCCUCCUCAUUUCACAUGUUAAACCUCUACGUUUUAUGUGUCUAAGCUAAUGGACUGCCAAUAAACAGACUUGUGUAUAUGUGCACUUACCACUAGUAUGUACAUGAAAAAAUAUUAGUGUUAAAUUUAUAGAAGAAUUAAAGAAGAUAAUUUAGUGAGAAUGCAUUGGACCAUACAGUAGCUCUAGCAACACAUUGGCCCGCAAAACAUUGUAAAUGCUAAAUUGUCUCAAGAUUCACCAAGAAAAAAAAGUGUGUUUCUAAUUUAUUUUCUUUUAAACAUGUUUGUUAUUUUCAUAUAAUUGGGCAUUAUACUGCAUGAGUGGAUUUUGUGUUAUAAUCAUAAUGUAAGCUAUGUAGCAAAUACCAUGUUCAUGUCAUUGUAAGAUACUGUAUUUAUACAUGCCGACGGAAUAUACAAAAUUUUAUCGAUAAUCCUUGUAUCGACAGUCUUGUACAGUCUAUCAUCAUUUAGGAUAAAAUUUGUUCUCUCCCAUUGUAAUCAUGUUACUGGUGCCAUUAAAAAAGUUAAAUCUC